CAGUACAGUACCUUGGUUCUGCAGACUGACUAGCUCGAAUUCCUGUCCCUCCAUCUUCUAGUCUUGCAACCUUGAGGAAUUUCGAUCGGCGUCGCCCACCACGAGUAGCGUCAGUGGUUGGCUAAAUCCCGUCACCUGAUCCCCUGCCAGCAUGGCGGCGCCCAGGUCCUAAUCCGAGAAACGUGCGCCAAGCAUAGUUCGGUUCCCAGUGCGAGCAGGCUGGGCGAGCAGAGGCGCCCGCGUAUGUCCCAUGCGAAGACCGUGCUGUGGUUAAGCCUCACUCUCCGCACUGCUCGAAGCCUCUCUAGAGUCCGGUUUAUGGAGGGGCAGCCCCACGGGAUGCAGAACCCAGGAGCGAUGGAGAAUGGCAGUGGAGCCCGCGGAGAAGAGCGCCAACCUGCGACCCAGGAGACCAUAGUCACCGAGGGGGCCGCCAAGAUCGUCUUCCCCAGCGCCAACGAAGUCUUCUACAAUCCCGUGCAGGAGUUCAAUCGGGACCUGACGUGUGCUGUGAUCACCGAAUUUGCUCGAAUUCAGCUUGGGGCCAAAGGAAUCCAAAUCAAGGUGCCAGGGGAAGAGGACACCCAGAAGGUGGUUGUGGACUUGUCAGAGCAAGAGAAGGAAAAAGUUGAACCUAAAGAGGGUGAAAGCCUGGUCCCUGGAGACCAACAUCGAACAGCCGCUGUUGGGGAGAUCUGUGAGGAAGGCCUGCGGGUGCUGGAGGGCCUGGCAGCCUCUGGCCUCCGUUCCAUUCGCUUUGCCCGAGAGGUGCCUGGGCUCCAAUCUGUGGUUGCCAAUGAUGCCUCCGCCCGAGCGGUGGAUCUCAUACGCCAGAAUGUGCAACUCAAUGAUGUGGCUCAUCUCGUCAAGCCCAGCCAUGCAGAUGCCCGGAUGCUGAUGUACCAGCACCAGAAGGUGUCUGAGCGCUUUGACGUCAUUGACCUGGACCCCUAUGGCAGCCCUGCCCCCUUCCUGGAUGCAGCUGUACAGGCUGUGAGUGAAGGAGGGCUGCUCUGUGUCACCUGCACUGACAUGGCUGUGCUGGGAGGCAACAGCGGGGAGACAUGCUACAGCAAGUAUGGGGCCAUGGCCCUCAAGAGCCGCGCCUGCCACGAAAUGGCCCUGAGGAUUGUCCUGCACAGCCUGGACCUUCAUGCCAACUGCUACCAGCGGUAUGUGGUGCCACUGCUCAGCAUCAGUGCAGAUUUCUAUGUGCGUGUUUUUGUUCGAGUUUUCACUGGUCAGGCCCACGUGAAGGCCUCAGCCAGCAAGCAGGCGCUGGUGUUCCAGUGCGUGGGCUGUGGCGCCUUCCACCUGCAGCGCCUCGGCAAAGUAGCCACGGCCUCCAGUGGGCGGGUCAAGUUCUCUGCAGCCUGCGGUCCCCCUGUGGCUCCUGAGUGUGGACACUGUGGGCACCGACACCAGCUUGGUGGCCCUAUAUGGGCAGAGCCCAUUCAUGACCUCGACUUUGUGAGACGCGUACUGGAGGCAGUCAGCACCAACACCUGCCGCUUCCAUACCUCAGAACGUAUCCAAGGGGUCCUCAGUGUCGUCACAGAGGAGCUUCCAGAUGUGCCCCUCUACUACACACUGGACCAGCUAAGCAGCACUAUCCACUGCAACACGCCUAGCCUCCUACAGCUUCGAUCCGCCCUUCUCCACGCUGGUUUCCGGGUCUCGCUCUCCCACGCCUGUAGGAAUGCAGUGAAGACUGAUGCGCCCUCCGAGGCUCUCUGGGACAUCAUGCGCUGCUGGGAGAAGGAGUGCCCUGUGAAGCGGGAGCGGCUGUCGGAGACCAGCCCUGCAUUCCGCAUCCUUGGUGUGGAGCCCAGGCUGCAGGCUAACUUUACCAUCCGGGAAGAUGCCAACCCCAGCUCCCGCCAGCGAGGGCUCAAGCGCUUCCAGGUCAACCCAGAGGCCAACUGGGGGCCCCGGCCCCGUGCCCGGCCAGGGGGCAAGAAUACAAGCAAAACGGAGGAGAGACGUAGGCUCAGGCAGAAUAAGCGGAAGGAGCUGAGUGAGGACCCAGCCCAGCAAGCUGCUCGCCUCAAGACGUUCCCUUGCAAAAGAUUCAAGGAGGGCACCUGUGAUCGAGGCGACCAAUGCUGCUAUUCACAUGGCCAACCCACGCCUGGAGCCUCUGCUGCCCCCACAGACUGUUUGAAGACCUUCAGCCCGAGCUCCCCAGGCCUGGAGCCACCACAAGACCACGUGUAGGCUGAGCCAAUAAAGAGAUGUUGGGGCUGGGGAGAUAGCUCCACGGACAAAGUGCCAG